GCGGAAUCCUUGCGACCUUGGAUAGGACAGGGGGUUACAGAAAAUGGAUGGACGUUAUUCAUAAGACAUUGUAGCUUCAUUAUAGGCAAGAUGGACUCUAUAAAAUGGGAACAAAGUGAUGGAUAUCUAAAGAACAGCAGAAAGAAGGAGCUGUAAAGUGAACAAGAUGGUUCGGCGGUCACCGGGGAGCAAGCUUUUGUGGACAGUGCUGCUAUAUUUCUUGGCUCAGGGUCAGUCCCUUGACCUGAAGGACCUGAUGGACAGAGCAGUUCAGCAAUCGGACAAACUGCACUUCCUUAGCGCAUCUCUAAAACAUGAUCUGGAUUCCCAUCUUCCAGUGACAAUGGGAAAGAUUCCCAGGCUGUCUCUGUGCCACACGUCAUCUCUGAACACCCCUACUGAGAAAAGCCACGCACUCAGCCUUCCGGAGGCGGAGCUCCUAUCCCUCAUCCGUACCCUCCUCCUUUCAUGGAAAGAUCCCCUGCUUGCUCUCUCAUCAGAGACUCUGUCUUUAGCACAUCCCUACAAAAACAGGCUCUCCACUAAAGCCAAGCAACUGCACGAACAUUCCAACAACCUCAGCACCGGACUGAAGACACUGGCUGACAGGAUGGGAACACUGCCAUCCUCUCAUUCCCCUAUUUCUUACGACAAAAAUCUUGGAGAAGACAUUGAAUCUCAAACGGUCAACUUUCACUUCCUGUUGUCCUGUUUUAGGCGGGAUUCGCACAAAAUUGACAAUUUCCUCAAAAUCCUUCGCUGCAAGGCUGGCAUACUCCAACAGGCAUGCCAGUAG